AUGACUGUGAGUAGAGACUCGUUGGUUUUGAUCCAUCCAGCUGUAACGCAACAGCCGGAGCUAUUGGAAACUAUUGAGAAGGGUUCAAUCUUGUCUGAGACUACUAUAGUUGCUCAGUAUUUGAUUAACAAACUAAAUGAUGGUACUAUUUCUCCAGAUGAUGAGAAGUACGAUGUAAUAUACUAUGUGACUCCUGAAAAGCCAGAAGCCAUUCAGUUUCCACCAAAACUAAUACCUGUGCUUCACAAGACGUUGAAACCUUCAGGUAGACUAUAUGGAUUAAGUGAUACUUUGAAAGUGGAUGCUUUAAUUAAUGGGUUUGAAAUUGUUAGUAAUAAUGGGUCAGAGUACUAUUGGGUGAAAGAAUCUAGAGAGAAAAAGGCUCCAGUGAGCAUAUCAUUAAAGGGAAACAUGAAGAAUGGAGCCAGUGCACCUGUUGCUUUACCAAGUUUCAAGAAGCUGAAUAAAACACAACCUAUUGGAUCGUCACCCUCGGCAGGACUUGCGGUUAGUUUGAAGAAAUUACCUACAUUUAAGAAACUGACUAAAAAGGUAUCCGCAAUCAAGCUUACUGACUCGGAUCUAGAGGACGAUGACGAUGAUCUCGAAAGUGACGAUUCUGCAAACAACUCUAAAACCAAGUUCUUUGAUGAUUUCGAUGAUCCAGAGACCGGAGACUCAAUUGAUGAAGACGAUUUAAUAGCAGAAACCGAAGAGGAUACAAUCACAAUGAUCCAGUGCGGUAAAUCCAAGCAAAGAAGAAGAAAAGCCUGUAAGGAUUGUUCAUGUGGACUUAAAGAGAUGGAGGAACAAGAAAUAGAGUCAAGAAGAGCUAAGCAACAACAAGUCAUUAAAUUCUCGGAAGAAGAAUUGACAGAAAUCGAUUUCACUAUAGAGGGUAAAAAAGUAGGAGGUUGUGGUUCAUGUGCUCUAGGAGAUGCCUUCAGAUGUUCCGGAUGUCCAUACCUAGGCCUCCCCGCAUUCAAACCAGGCCAAUCUAUUAACUUGAACAGUAUAUCCGACGAUUUGUGA